CGCUUUGAUCAAUGCAUCUGGUUCAUGGAAAGAAUAAUUCAAAUUUUCACAGCCCUCUUUAAUUGGAAUGACGUUAAUGGAAUUGUAAUGAUUUUUUUUUUUUAUAUAUAUAUAAAUGUAUGUUGUUUCUGGUCCCGCGUCGGUGAAUUGUUCAGAACUGUUUUGAAUUUAUUUAAUUGUAUUUGAGUUGUUGUUUUUUUUAGCCCUAUGUUCUGGGAGAAUUUGGAGGUUUUGUUAAGUGUGCAAUGAUGAGACAUGGCCUUAAGUAUGAAUGGACGGGAGCAGACGUUUCCAAGAUGGCGUAGAGAGACCUUCAUAUCAGUUUGUUUGUGACGUUUAUUUUUUUAUUUUUGUCUUUUUCCCUCCAUUCGAUGUCCGCGGCCUCCCUACACCAAAGCCAUAGUGGUGAGUGCAACGUUGGGUCCGGCAUUUGCACAAACGCUUGCAUUUUCCAUCACGGCCCGGUCGACGUAUCUGCCUGCACCUCUGUGUGUGUGUGUGUGUCUGUGUGUGUAUACUGAGUAUUAUUCAUAUCCUAUCCCCCACUGAGCUUACUUUAAGUAAUGCCAAAUGCAUGUAAUUUCCCGUGAAGUCAGAACGGUCCAGAAAUGUGUUAUGAGAGUGUAUGGACGUGCUCUCGCUUUCAGUUCGACGUCUUUCAUUUUUUCGGCCAUUUUGAGGAAUCCAUUUUGCAGAGCGCAUCGAUCUCCUUCUUUGCGAUUGGUGCCCCGAAUUGAACAUGCUGUUUGGGGUAUUGAUUAAUUGAAUGUAAGCAUUUAGCGAACGUCUCUGAACGGUACCGAUUGUACACCCUUUUUGCCUCUUUUGUGUGUGUGUGUGUGUGUGUGUGUGUGUGUGUGUGUGUGUGUGUGUGUGUGUGUGUGUGUGUGUGUGUGUGUGUGUGUGUGUGUGUGUGUGUGUGUGUGUGUGUGUGUGUGUGUGUGUGUGUGUCAGAGAAAGGGAAAGAGAAAGAGUGUGUGUCAGCCUACACAGUAUAAACAAUCAGCCAAGAGUGUUUAUGUCAAUGAAACAAAUGUGGUAUGGUCUGUUUUGUGUGUUUUGCGUGGGUGUGUUGAAGUUGUCAUCAUUCAAGGCACGAGCGGGACAGAGAGGAUGAUUCAGCAAUUGAGGUAUUCAGGGACAAAAGUGCAGGUGAAACACCUUCAUACAACCUUAUCGAUGAAGAUGCCUUGAACAUUUUCACAGUCCUGUCGUGCACCACCUACUGACCACCUGUAAUAAACCAUUUAACUGACACACAACGCUACCACAUGGUUGUUUAAAUUGCAGCUCGUGUAUGAACCGUCCAACCGUCGCUCCCGUCCCAUAUGAAGAACAUAUGGUGAAGCUUUCAGGGUAUUUUUAGAUCUUUGUAUGUGAGGUUUGCUUAAAAAUAAAAAGUAAACGAUACCGUCUUCUUUAUUAAGAGAAGGCUUCUUUACAAGCUCACCGUUGUGACUCUGGUGUAGAGAUGGGUCAGGGUACAUUGAACAAAAGGUCCAGCGGAGGGCUUUGUUUGUUGCCAUGAUUUGAGGCGUUGGUGUAGCUUGGAAGAUAUCACUUUUGCCAUGGUGUUGCUUAAUUUAUCAUCUGAUCCUACAUGUAUUUAUUAUUUAAGAAUGGGGCCAAUACCAGGUCAACUGUAGCAUCCUUAAGAUGGGCCGAUGACGUAAGGGGGUAGUGUUGAGUCGCGUGUGCGUGUAUGUGUCUGUGAGAAUAGGUGAAGCCUUGUUCACAUAUUAAGUUUUGUGUGUGUGACCAGAAUCUUAUUACAGCUUCACCAACUAGUUCAAUUCGAAUAAUCAUUAUACUCGAGCAAAUGAUUUUCAUGUUCAAGUAUGCAGCACGCAACAAGUAUACAAAACUUUUUUUUUUGGUCAAAUCAAUACAGAAGAUGUAGAUUCUUGUGCUUUUUAAAGUAUGGAUAUUUCAUCUAAUGACUCAAGCCUUGCCUUUGUCUCAAAAUCCUACAAUAAAAAAAAAGCAUGAUUUGGGAAACUGUUGAUCCUUUCAUCUUAUCCAAGAUCAAGUCAAGACAGUCCAAGAUCAGGUUCUUAUAAUACUGCUCUUAAAUCGAGGGUAGGCGGCAAGUUUUGAAGGUAUCAAAUUGUAAAAAUCCCUGCCCUCCCUAAUGGUCUGCUUCCAAAGCCACUCCCAGAAGACCCCCGAAUAGCUCGCUAGCUUCAGUAAUGGGUCCGGUUAACCUUGUGGAAGACUACAGCCAUGCACAGUCAUGCACAGCCAGGGUACGGGCUGGGGGCCUGCUGGUACUGGCUAGGUACUGUAUGUUGGUGGACUGACAGUGAGGCAAAUCUGUUAAUUCGGGCCAAAUUAAAUUAUUGGAAGGGCCUGUCACUGGACUGUGACAGCCACAGAUACCAGAUUUUUUCUUUAUUUUUAUCAGAUGAAUCAAUUUAUUGUUUGCGGUCGGGCUGUAAAGACACUUUCAACUAAUUUGAAAAAUAAUGCUUUUAAAAUAUAUUGCCUACUCUAGGUUAAAGAAUAGUUUUGGAUCACAACAACAUGAGAUGCUUACACAACCAACAGCUGUGGGGUAAUGUCUAUGAUGUAACGAAAUGUCCAAAGCACACAUAACUAAAGGGGAACUAAGGUUGGGUAAAUCAAAACCUUGGAUAAAUACACACUCAGAGUAUGGAGACGGUAACCAAAACGCUGUCCAGCAAUAACGAUUCGUUCAUUUCAUUUUAGUCCCCAAAAAAAUUCAUAAAGGUCUAGCUUACAUUUCUUAACCAUUUCAUCAUGAAUGAGAGCAUUUGGCCCGUGGUUCCUAAAAGGUUUCGAUAAAAUAUCAACAAUGGGGUUCACGGGGGGGUAGUUGUCCCACCAUAGGUGAGCAUGGUACAGCAUGGUCUGGCCUAGUCUGUCUAGGCCACACUCCUUGAGCUGCCGUCCGUUAUGUCUUCUGUGUUUAACUAAGAUUUGCCUGUUCUGUUUUUGUCUUUUUUCGUAUUUAAGAGAUGUUAAAGUGUAAAGUUGCAUUAUUAGAAUAAAUAAUAUCCGCUGUUUAUGUCGUGGGUAUUCUUUCACACUUUGAACCGAUUGUCCGUGUAUCGCCCGUCAUCUUUUCAUCAUAGUUCAUCUCAAAGCUGCCCAGGCUUAUAUAAUACGCCCCCUGAGCUGAUCCCAUCCCAGAAUCUAUAUAUAUAUAUAAAUGCAUAUAAAAAGCUGCCAGGUUAAUUUGCAGACUUUAAUCCCGGACUGCCCUUGACCCGUUACUUAUUGACAGUGAUGCGCUCGAUAGCCAUGUUUCUGACGGGUGCCAAUCCGACUGGUACAAAGGUGUCCGCCGUGACGUCCGUGCAGCUCGGGGCCAAACGUGUUUUCACACUUCAUCGCUCAACCCUGCACUAUGGGGAGCCAUUAUCCGGCCCAUUUGAAGGAAAGGUCAACUAACGUCUGACUAAUGUGAAUGUCUAUGGGGACUGAGGGGCAUUCACACGUCACACAUUUACACCAUUUGCAGAUCCAGAGAUGAAUCCCGAUUAACUUGGCGUGAAGCAAAUUGGAGCCUAAAAAGUUGUUAACCUCUGGCUCACAUCAUCCUGAGAGGAAGAGAUGGGGAGGCACGAUGACGUCCACAAGGGAGAAAGGUGCCCCCUGUGGUCUACUCUCUCGCUGCUUGCACUAACUUAAAGGUUAAAGUUAACUAGUUAACUGGCUCUACAGUUAGAGUCAAACACUGCCUGCUUCAUGAAUGUAUUCCACAAUCAAUCAAUGGUUGUCAAGUUCUGGGCCAAAGUUCUGGAGUGUUGUGAUUGGUCAGUGCAUGUUGGGGGUAGCCACACUGCGUGGGAAUAUAACCUGCAGCCUGAGGCCGGAUCAGAAGUUCUUUGCAAACUAGCUCUGGUUUUGUUAUUACUUUUGUGCAAGUGACAGUAACGUCUUUAUCUUUCAAGCCUUAUCCUUCCCGACCUCUCGUGUUUAAAGUGUUGAAGUCUGGGUGAUCGUCCACCACGCGGUCAAGCAAAGAGGUCAGCCCUGGGCCCGACCUUUGCCCCCGUCUGGCCCCGUUUUAAAGAGCCCUAGCGAAGGGUUGGCGUCCACGCUGGAGGACUUGGCAUUUGCACACUCGAGUUGAGACACUGGUCGAGGCAGCCAAGACUCUUACAGUGUCAACAGAUUACUUUCAGAGGACACAGCAUACCAAGUGGGUCCUCCAGCACACCGGAGAACGCCAUUCAGGGAACCGUAGGCUGUUAGCCACCAACAAUGACAACGUUCGACGACAUCUUGGAGGAGGCGGGGAAGUUCGGCCGAUGCCAGAAGCGCAUCUUCGGCCUGCUGUGCAUGGUCUCCAUGCCCUGGGCCGGGGUCUAUGUGGGCAUCGUUUUCCAGGGCUUCACCCCGGAGCACUGGUGCCGUGACCCGGACGUGGCGGCCCUGAGCAAGAGCUGCGGCUGGAGCCCGUUGGAGACGCGGCGGCUGGCCGUGCCACUGGAGAACCGCUCGGGGGAGACGGUGAGCAGCACGUGCCAGCGCUACGACGUGGACUGGAACACCACGGGGCUGGCCUGCGAUCGGACGGAGGUGGACCUGAGCAAGGCCCCCCUGGCGGCGUGUAAGCACGGAUGGGAGUACGACUAUGAGGGCCGGCAGUCCUUUGUGACAGAGUUUGACCUGGUGUGCGCCGACAGCUGGCUGGUGGACAUGUACCAGGCCACCCUCAACGUGGGCUUCCUGGUGGGCAGCAUCGCCACUGGCUACCUGGCCGACAGGUUCGGCAGGAAGAUCAGUUUUCUGAUGUCCAACGUGUUGAACGGCAUCAUGGGCAUCCUGGUUGCCGUGGCGCCCAACUACGUGUCUCUGCUGGUGUUCAGAGCGCUAUACGGCUUCGGCAUCAAAGGAGGAUGGGUGGUGGGAUAUGUGCUCAUCACAGAGCUGGUGGGUGUGGAGUACAGGAGGACCGUGGGGGUGAUCUACCAGAUGUUCUUCAGCGUGGGCAUCAUGCUGCUCCCCCUGCUGGCCUACUACAUCACAGACUGGCGCUGGCUGCAGGUGGUCAUCACCGUGCCCUACAUCCUCUUCCUCUCCUACUACUGGUUCAUCCCAGAGUCUCCCAGGUGGCUCCUCUCUCAGAACAACUCUGCCAAAGCGGUGGAGAUCACCGAGGCCAUUGCCAAGGAGAAUGGGAAGACUCUCUCCAAGAAGAUAGAGACCCUAAGAGACGAUAACGCUGAAACGUCGAAUCCCUCCUUCAUGGACCUGGUCAGGACCCCCAGGAUGCGGAAACACACCAUGAUCCUCAGCUUCGUCUGGUUCACCAGUGCCGUGGUGUACCAAGGCCUGAUCAUGAGACUGGGCAUACUGGGAGGAAACGUCUACAUCGACUUCCUCAUCUCGGGCCUCGUGGAGUUCCCCGCCGCGUUCCUCAUCCUCUUCACCAUCGAGCGCAUCGGGCGCCGCCUUCCCUUCGCCACCGCCAACAUCGUGGCGGGCGCCGCGUGCUUCAUCACCGCCAUGUUACCCGACAGUCUGUUCUGGCUGAAGACGACGGUGGCCUGCAUCGGCCGCCUGGGCAUCACCAUGUCCUUUGAGAUGGUGGUGUUUGUGAACACAGAGCUCUACCCCACCUUCGUCAGGAACUUUGGCGUGUCCGUGUGCUCUACGCUGUGCGACGUGGGUGGGAUCGUGGCCCCCUUCCUGCUCUACAGGCUGGCGGUGAUCUGGCUGGAGCUGCCCCUCAUCAUCUUUGGAUCCCUGGCGUUCGUCGCCGGCGGCCUGGUGCUGCUGCUCCCCGAGACCAAGGGCAUCCCGCUGCCCGACACCAUCGACGACAUCGAGUUCCCCGAACGAGCCCAGGAGAAAAUUGAGCUGAAGAAGCAGCAACUCGACAACCUGUUGGCAACCAGCCCCUCCACAGAUGUCAAAGACCCCGUCGCUGUUUGAUGUCCGUUAUUGUCAGGGUCAGGGUUUAGGUCGCCGAAGUAUUUAUUGAUGUAGCAGGCGACUGAGAGCUCUGUGUAUUUAUGUAAAAAACUUUCAUUACACAUGUUUUAUUACUGUUAAUAACUGUUUGUGUCACUCUCAGUCCAGGGGCUCUGGCUGUGUUCGAUUUGGCCCUCCUGUACUCUCAUGCCCUUCAUAAGGAUAACUAUAUAUUAGGCUACCCUAUUUAGGGUAUAAUUAUGCAGGGAAUUCGGACACAGAUGAUGCGCCAGAGAGCCAUCGAGGUGCCGUGUGUUGGUGGCAGAAACAAGCUGACACGUGCUAGAAGUCACCCUGGGACAGCUCAUUAGUAAAAUGACUGAAUGGGCUGACCCAUCUCAUCGUGAUGAAUCCGUCGACAAGGAAGACCGCUAUACAUCAUGGGAUGUAUAGUGAGGAAAAAAGUGUGCAUCUGUUGUACACUUUUUUGCGUUGCAUUAUGGGUUUUAAGUAGUGAACCCGAGUUGUGCACAACAAACACCACAGAACAGUAGGGCUGAACGAAUAAUCGAAUUCAAAUCGAAAUCGCGAUGUCAUAGAACGCGGUAUGCAAAUCGCAAAGGCUGCGAUUAAAAAGAAAAAAGAAAAAAAAAGUGAUUGCUACCGUAACUGACUGGAAAUCAGUACAAUUCAUUUAUUUUUAUUUUUAUUUUACAAUUCAAUGGUUAAAUAAAGAAGUUUAUAAUAUAAAUUAAUCUCAACACAUCGGCCUGGCCUAAAGGAAAGAGCAGAUUUUAUGUUGACUGCUUCCAAUGUUGUGUUGGUCGUUCUAAAGAAUGAUGAUUUAUUUCAUUUUUAGUGAAUAAUACACAACAUAAGGAACUUAAUAAAUUAUAAAAAUCGCACAUUAAAUCGCAAUCGCAAUAGCCCGAUAUAGGGCACCGGUGGACCAAGCCUCUUUUCAUGUGUGGUUCCCUGAUGGAGGAACAACCUAGCUCCAUGCAGUCCUCAGAACUGCUCCUUAUAUCUUAAAGAAAUCUUCAGAAGCCCCUCCUCUUCAGGAAUCAUCUCAUAAACGGAUGUGUGACCCAGGUUUUAGCUCCUGUUUUUUUUUAGAUGUACUAUCUUUUAUGUCUCUGAGAUGCCAUGAUUAUUAAAAAGUUCAAAAUGAAUAACCAUGUCGUUCUGAUGCUACUU